AUGGAAGAAAAAAAACAAACUUAUCUGAAUGUACUUAGUAAAAAUCCUAAUGAUACACGUGCAUUGUUCAAACUUGCAAUGACACUUACACACGAUUCCAAUGGUCAACAAUCAAUCAUUCUUCCAUCAGGUGAAUCAAUGAAGAAGGAACAACUCUUAUUAAAAGUCAUCGAUCUCGAUCGAAACUAUGCCCAAGCAUAUUCAAAGUUGGGUGUCAUUCUUUCAUAUCAAAAUCGUUCAUCGAUCAUUCUUCCAACGGGUCAAUCAAUGACACAGCAGCAACUCUACUUGAAAGCAAUAGAGUGUAAUCCAAUUUAUGCCAAAUCACACUAUAAUCUUGCAACUACACUUUCAUAUGGUGAAUCAAUCACACUUAAUAACGGUCAAUCAAUGACAGUUCUACAACUAUAUUUGAAAUCAAUUGAAUUAGAUCCAACCCAUUCAGACUCAUAUAAUAACCUUGCCAAUAAACUUAUAAGUGGUGAAACAAUCACACUUCCAAAUGGUCAAAUGAUGUCAAAACAACAACUAUAUUUUAAAUCAAUAGAAUGUGAUCCAAACAAUACCAAUACAUACAAAAAUCUGGCAUCUUUCAUGGCAGUAGGCGAAACGGUCAUACUUAAUAAUGGACAAACAAUGACAAAACAACAAAUAUACUUGAAAACAAUAGAAUUAAAACCAAACGAUCCAAUACCAUAUUAUCUCCUUGCAAACCAAUUAGGUAGAGAUGAAACAAUCACACUUCUCAAUGGUAAAUCAAUGAAUAAUAUUCAACUCUAUCUAAAGUCAAUAUCACUCGAUCCAUCAUUCUAUUACCCAUACAAUAAUCUUGCAAUUACUAUUGGUCGGAAUGAAACAAUAACCAUUCCAUCUGGUGAAUCAUUGACAAAGAAACAACUAUACCUCAAAGCGAUCCAACUUGACCCAACAAAGUAUUAUUCAUACUACAAUCUGACAUUGGAUAUGACAUCAAAAGAAACAAUUACACUCCACAAUGGUGUGACAAUGACAAAACAACAAUUAUUAUUGGAAGCACUCACGUUUGAGACUACACAGAUUUCGAUUUACAAGGAUAUUGGAUUAACUCUUUUAAACAACAAACAAACUAUUACACUUCCAAAUGGUGAACUGAUGUCAAGAAGACAGCUCCUUCGUAGAGCAAGAAAUUAUUAG